UCAUUGCUUCCUCCACGUCUUUGACGCUUCCAUCUCCUUAUAUAUAUAUACACAUAUACGCACACCAUAGAUUCCCAGAGAUAUAGAAACUCAACACCUUAUCUUAUUCACCCUCAAUUUUCUUCAUAUCAUCAUGAACUCCUCCAAGCUUUCACCUUCAUCUUCACCCAAAUCAGCUCUUACAAAAUUGCGUCGGAAACUGUCUCCAAGGAGAAGCGAAAAGCGUUCUCUUUCUCUUUCUCCUUCUUCUUCUCGUUCUUCUUCUGCUUCUUCAGCUAAUGCUACUAUCUCCACCGAACUUCAAAGCGUCUUCAACUACUUCGACGAGAAUGGAGAUGGGAAGAUAUCUCCGCAUGAGUUGCAGAGUUGCGUGAGGUCUCUGGGAGGUGACCUUUCUACUGAGGACGCUGAGGCUGCCGUCAGCUUAUCUGACAUGGACGGAGAUGGGCUAUUAGGAUUCGAGGAUUUUCAGAGGCUGAUGGAGAGUAGCACCUCCGAAGAGGGUAAAAAGGAAGAGCUUAAGCACGCUUUUGGGAUGUACGAAACGGAGCCUGGCUCUGGAUUCAUUAACCCUACCAGUUUGAAGAGAAUGCUGAGUCGACUGGGCGAGUCGAGGUCCCUUGAUGAUUGCAAGGCCAUGAUUCGUACUUUUGACCUUAACGGAGAUGGCGUCCUUAGCUUCCACGAGUUUGCUGUUAUGAUGGCCUGAUUCCCCACGCUGGCCUCUGUUUUUUGCCCUUUUCUUAUACUUUUAAAUAUUUAUUUAAUUUAUUUAUUUUGUACAGUUAAUAACACUUUGGAACGUUUCCUUGCCAA